AUGGGUUUCGCUAUAAAUUUAACGUCAACUCGGGCUCAUGGUAUGACAGAAAAAUCUUGUAACCGGCAUAAUGGCACAAGUAGCAGUGCAGGGAAUUCAUCUAAUGAUCCAUUUACACUUCAGCAAUUUGCUUCAUUUUUCUUCUCCAAUUCAUUAAAAUCACCUUUAAAAUCUAAACCGGCCAACUAUGUAUGGGAUCCAUUAUCACUACCCUAUUCGGAACUGAAACAGUAUUAUUCUGUUUGCGUUAUUGGAAGUGGUUAUGGUGGAUCUAUUGCCGCUAGCCGAUGUUCGCGUGCCGGUUUAUCUGUGUGUGUUUUGGAAAAAGGAAAGGAAUUUCUACCUGGAGAGUUUCCCGAACAUGAAUCAGCAGCUAUGAAAGAAAUGAAUUUUUCAAGUUAUCAACACGGUAAAGCGAAUUCAGCAGGACUGUAUCAAAUACAUUGCGGCAAAGAUGUAAGUAUAGUACACGGUUGUGCACUUGGAGGUACAUCACAAAUCAAUGCAAAUGUAGCAUUAGACCCAGAUGAAUUUAUCUACGAUAGUCUAUUAUGGCCAAAGGAAAUCAAGGAUGAUUAUAAAACAGGACAACUAAAAAAUGAUUGGGCGUUAGCCGCUGACAUGUUGAAACCGAAGCCAUUUGAUAUGAAAAAAAUAGGUGUACCAGCCAAAUAUAACGUUAUGAAAAGACUUGCUGAAACAAUUCCCCUAGAGGAAAAUCAUGAUAUCGAAGAUAUUUUUUACACGCCACCGUUAUUCAUCAACAUGGAAGAUACGAAAGAAAAUCAUGUUGGUAUAUCUCAACGUGCAUGUAAUGGAUGUGGUAAUUGUUGUGGUGGUUGUAAUACAUCAGCUAAAAACACGUUGACAAUGAAUUAUUUACCGGAUGCACGAAAUCAUGGGGCACAGAUAUUUACUCGUUGUGAAGUUGUGAAGAUAGAACCUUAUUAUAACAGAUCUUCUUUGGUAACAGAGCACAAAAUUAAUUGGACCGUACAUAUUCGUUAUACACAAUCAGAUUGGGAACCAUUUGGUGUCAUUGAUGAUGUAAUCUGGUGUGAAUACGUGUUUCUGGGAUCUGGUGUUUUGGGAACAACUGAAUUGUUACUACGUUCUCGACAAGAAGCACAGUUAAGUCUAUCAUCUACCUUAGGUACACAUUUUAGUGGAAAUGGGGAUAUUUUGGGAUAUGCUGCUAACACCGUCUACGAAACGAACGGUAUUGGAUGGCCUACUGCUUAUCCUCAUCAGCCACCUACUGACACAAUUCCUGGACCAACUAUUUUAACUGUGAUAGAUCGGCGUAAAAAUAAAUAUUGCUCUGGCUAUGUUAUCGAAGAUGGAACUGCGCCCUAUAUUGUUCAAACCAUUUACAAUCUUAUUAUAGCUAUUAGUAAUGGGAAUGAUAUGUUUAAUACGGUUUCUCGAGGUUUAAAAAAUUCAUUGAGUUUUUUGACGAUGAGUCAUGACAAUAGUGGUGGAAGAAUAGUUCUAAGUGAACACAAUCAUCUUACCAUUAAAUGGAAGCUUGCUGGAGAAUCGUUUCAAGUUGAUAACGUCGCUCGUCAGAAAGAAUUAGCCGACACAUUAGACGCAAAGUACGUUCCAGAUCCGAUAUGGAAAAAAUUUUUUGGUUAUCCAUAUCUAACUGUUCAUCCAUUAGGUGGUUGUCCAUUGUCAAGUUCCAAUUCAGGUUUAAAUGGUGUUGUUAACCAUAAAGGUCAAGUAUUCAAAGAUGAUACAACUGAUGUUUAUGAUACAUUAUACAUUGUUGAUGCUUCCAUCAUUCCAUGUUCAAUUGGUGUUAAUCCAGUGCGAACAAUAUGUACUCUUGCUGAAAGAAUUAUGAGGUUAGCUAGUAUUGAACAUCAAUUUAAAAUUAAUUAUUCAUUGCCAUCUACAAUUCCUGUUAAACGAUCUGAACCCAAUAAAAUUACAUUAGAAUUUACGGAGCGAAUGUGUGGUUGGUUUAACAAAGAUCAUAAACAACCCUUAAAUUCACCAUUAGAAUGGUGGAAAUAUGAACAUGAUAAUUCAAAUAUCGUUCAAAAUGAUAAGAAUUACAGUGAAUUUACACUUACUAUAUUCACGGAUGAUCUUCAUUCGUUCAUAAAUCGUUCGGAUCAUCGUGCAAUUAUAUAUGGUCAAGUUUUAAUUCGUUCACUAUCAUCUAAACCGUUUUAUGUUAAACAAGGUGAAUUUAACCUGUUUAUAAAUUCUUUAACAAAUAUUGAAACAAAAGAAAUGGUUUAUUCAAUGAUAUUGAGGGAUAAUAAAGGAGGAGAACCCUAUUAUUGGAAAGGAGUCAAAUAUGUGAAAAAUAAUGAUGAUUUAAUAUUAAAACAAGCAAUUAAACAAACAACAACAUUAUAUGUUACAGUUUGGAAAGGUAUUAAUGGUAAUCAUGUAGAAAAUAUCGUUGGACAUGGUAUCGUUCGAAUAGAGUUUAACGAUUUUUUAAAACAAUUAUCAACAUUAAAGAUAGAAGAAUUACAUCCUGAACAAAAUAUAAUUAAACGUAAUUGUCAAAAAUUAAAAUAUGGAUAUGAAUUUAUUCAAUUUUUUUGCAAAUCUUUAACAACUGUCUAUCUAGCUAAUUUAAGAUCAUUUAAUAAACCGGAUAUGUCCAUGUUAGUUACACGAACAAGACGAGAAUUAACUGUGAAUAAAACAUGUCAUUAUUUUCAAACAAAUGAUCAUAUACAACUGUUACUUAUACAUUUUACAUCAAAAGAGGAUUUAAAGAUAAAAAUUGAUAAUAUUCCAUUAUUAUUAAUGCCUGGUUUAAACACAAAGAGUCAACAAUAUUAUCAUGAUACAAAUGAAGUAACAUUAGUAGAAUAUUUAGUUAAAUUAGGUUAUCAAGUAUGGACAUUAGAUUGGCGUUCAAGUCCUCAAUUACCAUCUCAUACAAGUCAAUAUAAUUUUGAUCAAAUAGCUCAAUAUGAUAUACCAGCUUCUAUUGAAAAAUUACUUCAAUUAACAAAUUCAAAACAGUGUAAUCUAUUUAUUCACUGUCUUAGUUCAAUAUCUACUUUUAUGUCACUAUUAGGAGGUUAUAUUUCUCCAACUUGUAUUCGAUCAAUAUUAAGUAAUCAAGUUGCCUAUCAUAUAAAAGCAACAAUGUUUAAUCGACUUAAAGCAUCAAUUGGUGCUGCUGAAUUAUUAACAAUUUUGGGAAUGUCUACUGUUGCUGUUAAUACUGAUCUAAAACAUCAAACAUUUCAAGAAUUAAUAUUUAGUAAAUUUGCAAAAUUUACAACAGAUACAGUAUUAUUAAAACAUCAUGAAGAAUAUUGUCAAUCAGAUGUAUGUCAUCGACUUACAUUUAUUUAUUCAUUAUUAUAUAAACAUAAUAAUUUAAAUACUUUAACACAUCAAACAAUUGGUGAGUUAACUGGUGAUGCAACAAUGGAAGCAUUUCAACAUUUAGAAAAAAUGUCUAAAAUGGGUUACGUUACACCAUUUAAUGAAAAAUUAGAUAGUAAUUUUUAUUUUGGUGAAGAUAAACGUCAACGUUUGCAAGAAUGUUUAAAUAUACCCAUAAUAUUUGUGACAAGUGAAGAAAAUUCUGUUUGGUUACCUGAAGGAAUGAUGGAAACCUAUGAUGAAUUAAAACAAGUGAAUCCAAAUCAAAAUUAUCAAUUAUUGACAUUACCAAAUUUCGGUCAUCUGGAUUCGAUAUUAGGAAAACAAGCACACGAAAUAACAUUUCCAAAAUUUCAUGAAUGGUUCAAUCAAUACAGAGCCUGA